AAAUCAACCAAAAAUUCAGAAUUGUUCUGAAACAAGAUGUGUCCGUUAAACUCAUGGAAAAUAUACUGAAUAUUUUAUAGUAUCUUAGCGACUUAACAUUCACUAAGUGGCCUGGGAUAGACAAAUGUCGAGAUUUUAAGGGGAUAUCACUCACUGCCAGACACGUGGAGGAGGUGAUUCACUUAUUUACUACCGCCUCAUUCGGUUUAGACGCUACAACAUGGAUUUCGAGUCCAAGAUUUAUAAGCCCAUUGAAAGUGUUCGUGUUGAAGGAAUUGUCUUUUUGAAGAUGAUAAAACAUUAUGAGGAGGAAUCAAUAUCCAGCCAAAACUUUGUAAAUGGCGUUCUAUUGGGUCUUGCGCAAGGCAGCCAACUUGAGAUCACGAACUGCUUUCCGUUGCCUAAAACCCAAGAUGAUGAUCCUAAUGCUAAUGAAGCAUUGAUUAAUUAUGAGGCCAACAUGAUUCGUAAUUUGAGACAGUUAAAUACGGACUACCUAAAUGUUGGGUUUUACCAAGCUGGUCCUGGCGGUGUUUCUAUAAAUCGUGCUAAUAUUGACAACAUAUAUCAACGACAGAGCUACCUACCUGAAUCUGUGUUACUCACUUAUGAUCCAACAAGAACCAGUAGAGGUCAGAUUGGUCUGAAAGCGUAUCGCUUGUCUGAUGAUGUCCUUGCUGCAAGGUCAGAAGCUGAAGAACGUCUUCGUCUAAGUGGAAAUCAAAAGGGUCCUGAGGUUCCAUGGGAAUGUGAAGCAGCAGGUAGUGUUGGUCGUAGCAGUUUCACUCGUGUAUUGGAGGAGAUACCUGUUGUAAUACAUAAUUCCCAUCUUGUAAAUAUUCUCUUAACUGAAAUCGUUGAUAAUCAAGAAUUAUCACGUUCAGAGCUUUCUGCAAAAUCGUCAAUACUAGAUCUUGCCCCACCCCUUCCAACAGAUCAUCCUGGCCGUUAUUCUACCCUCAACUUAAGCAUGGCUUCUAGUUUAGAGCAACAGCUACGUUCUCUACUUGUUGGUCUAGAUAGUGUGCAUGAUCUUCAAUACCUGUACCAGCGUAGUUUAACAAAAUCCCAAACUGCUGUCACUGGAAAGACUGCGACUGAGGCUCGAAACCGGGAGUUGGCGCCAAUUCGUCUUGAUACAGCAUUGAUUUCAGCUCAGCUUGAUUUCUAUUGUAACAGUCUCUCUCAGAUGGCAGGUCAAACUAUGGGCAAACUGAUGCUAACACAAGCUGUACAAGAGACAAGUUCAACGGGAAGCUCUAAAUUUCAAAGAUUCUAAUAUUAAAGAAGUCUUUCACUUGACUACUGUUAUAACAUAAGAAAUAUAUACAUUUUGGUGCUUGUAAAACUAUGUAUUUGCUUUCUCUCUUGUAUGUGGAUUCAUUGUUGUGAGACUUUUUUGGAGGGCGGGGGUAGGCAGAUGUCGCUUUGUAAACAUUCUAGGCU